AAACAUUAAAUACAACUAUCUCUCUCUCUCUCUCUAAAACGGAUUCCCUCAGCUAACAAGCAAAAUCAAAGAACUCGUUCGCUACAUCAAUGGCGAAAAGGCUAGAGGGUAAAGUGGCCAUCAUAACCGGCGGUGCCAGCGGCAUCGGCGAGUCAACGGCGCGGCUCUUCGUCCACCACGGCGCGAAGGUCAUCAUCGGGGACGUGCAGGACGAGCUGGGCCGAACCGCCUGCACAAACAUCGGCCCUCCGGAAGUAAUAUCAUACGUCCACUGCGACGUCACCGUCGAGAGUGACGUCAGAGACGCCGUCGACGCCGCCGUUUCGAAACACGGCAAGCUGGACGUCAUGUUCGCCAACGCCGGCACACCGGGGAAAAGCGACACGUCGAUACUAUCGACGGACUACGACGACCUGAAAAGCGUGUUCGGGGUCAACGUCUUCGGCGCCUUCCUCUGCGCCAAGCACGCCGCCAGGGUGAUGGUUCCGGCGGCGGGGACGACAAGAGGGGCGGCCAUCAUCUUCACCUCCAGCAUCGCGUCGGUCACCUCCGGCGACGUGCCGCACGCUUACGUGGCGUCGAAGCACGCGGUGGUUGGGCUGAUGAAGAAUCUCUGCGUGGAGAUGGGGCAGAAGGGGGUCCGGGUCAACUGCAUCUCGCCGUUUGGGGUGGCGACGCCGAUGCUGAUGGGGGCGCUGAAAGUACGGGAGAAGGCGGAGGCGGAUGAGUUUGUACGUGGGAUAGCUAACUUGAAAGGAGAAGAUGUGACGGCGGAUGACGUGGCGGAGGCGGCGGUGUACUUGGCCAGCGAUGAAUCAAAGUAUGUGAGUGGGCAGAAUCUUGUUAUUGAUGGAGGUUAUAGCUUGACCAAUAUUGCUCUUCGCGAAAGCAUCAAGAAAAUGAUGACUUCAUGAUUGGUUUUCUUGUAAUUUUUUAUUUUUUUUAAUAAUAAUAAUAAUAAUAAAUUAUUAUUAUUAUUAUUAUUAAUUCUUUUUUUUUUCGAGACCGCAUGUAAAGAUGAAAAUUUUAAAAUGUGGUACAAAGCUUUAAUAACAAAAAAUUGUUUCAAGGAACGCACAAUCAGUUAUAUAGGUGUGCGGAUACUCUUGUAUAAUAAUUUGCAAAUUAUACGAAAGAC